GCUUCCGCCGCCGCGCAUGUAACUGACGUCAAAGAAGAGUCAACACCGAGCUGGGGAGGCGCGCCAGGCCCUGGAGCUGUGGACCCCCCUCUUAAAAGGGCGAUGCAGGAAGCUGCGAGACGAGAGAAGAGGCGUCUUCUAGAUGCACAGCGAGGAAAGUGCCGUGUGCGCCUCGGCUGUCACUUGGAUGAGUGGUGUGCGCUGAAAGAUCAUUUGGGCUUCUCGCUGCACUCUCAGCUUGCCAAGUUCCUGCUGGACAGUUACAGAGCAACCACCAGCCCCAGGACUCCAGUUCCAGCAGCAAUCACCCUACUUCCUGUUUCUCCUGCGUCUUCCCCAGUCCCAACAGCGACUACCCACCUUUCUGUCUCUCCCGCAUCGUCACCAGUCCCAACAGCGAUUGCCCACCUUCCUGUCUCUCCCGCGUCUUCCACAGUCCCAACAGCGAUCACCCACCUUUCUGUCUCUCCCGCAUCGUCACCAGUCCCAGCAGCAAUUGCCCACCUUUCUGUCUCUCCCACCUCUCUCCAACGUCUGGUGUUUUCAUGUCAUCAACAUGGUAGAAAGUGUGAUUCUCCCCCCACUAUCUUGUCACCACCAAAUUCUGAGGAUGCCCCAGAGACCCCUGUACUAUUGUGGGGGUGCAGAGAAGGCCAUCAGUUCCAUUGGGAUCCACGUGAUAAUGCCACUGAUAUGGAAACACAUUUUGCAGAUAUUACUAGUAAUAAAAAAGUUCAAAAGAGUCCUUCUACAGAGGUGGACAGUCCAACAGAACAGGAGAAAGUCCCAGAGAUACCUACAGAGGAGAGGCUGCUAACUAAUACAGAAAAUCAGGCUGAGACUGUGCCUAACCAGAUUACAGAGAGAGUGCCUAGUAAUAUUGUUAUACCAGAAAGACUAUCCAAGAUUGAUAGAACUGUUUCUGAGAGUGUUGAUGAGCCCGCAGGAACAUCCAAUGAUGUAGAGAUCAUAUCCGAGAGUGUUAACAUAAAUAAGGAACUGAGUGAGAACAUAGGCGAGAGACAGCAGAAGACCUCUCGAAAUGAAGCUCUGAAUACUUCUGUAUUGGAGAAGAGAGAGGAACAUGUAGGGAAUGAUGAGGGACUGUACCAUAGUGCAGAACGUGAAAGAAUACUGUAUUCGGCAUCGGAGGACAGAGAUCCAAUAGAUGAAGAACCUGGUCCUCAAAGAAUUGCCGUUGCUGAAGGCUCAUCACAGGAGAGCACCUCCAUAGACCUAACAAGGAGAAGGCCUGACCUACCUCAUUCAGGUCAUGGAAGUAAACCUCAAAGAGGCGAUUUACAGGUGUCAGAGUCCUACCUUGAAACCAUAACUGUUGAGCCAAAGGCAGGGUUUUAUGUUCCCUUUAGACGGUCUCUUUGUGGUCGGAAAGGGUAUAGGAUGAAAUCAGAUGAAAGGGAACAAGUUUCAUCUGCCGCUGCUCAGUGCAUGGGGAUGGGCAGAGUUGCUGAUCAGAUGCAAGGCUGCGAUAUGGAGACACGUCUUGGGGCAGAUCAGAACAUAGAAACAUCCACAGAGAUUUGUGUCAUACAAGAUACCAUGGAAGAAGAGGUCAUCGAUCAAAAAACGUCUUCAGAGGACUUGGAAUGUUUAGCUGCUGUUGGGGAACAGGAGGACCCACAUCCGGGGAAUGAGGAAGCAGGAGAGCUGGCUCAGAAUCCAGGAGCAGAGCUUGCGCUAUGGCCGAAGCUGGUGGGGGAGCCAUACAGCAUUAGAAGCUUGGAGCAGCCAGACGGCCAGUGCGGAAGCCACAUGGUGAACCGGCAAAUACCUUGUAUAGAUGAAGAACUGUCUCAGAUCUGUAGGAAGAGGGUUAGGAAGUCCACCCCGCAGGAGCUGCUUAUGUGUGAAUUUGAUGAUUGCGGAAAGAUCUUUUCCAAAAGGCAGUAUCUGAACUAUCACCAGAAGUACCAGCAUAUGAACCAGCGCAUGUUCCGUUGCUCCGUCCCGGAUUGCGGGAAGACAUUCAACUUUAAAAAACAUCUUAAGGAGCAUGAGAAGAGACACAGUGAUCGAAGGGACUUCAUCUGUGAGUACUGUGCACGGGCGUUCCGUAGCAGCAGUAACCUCAUCAUACACCGCCGCAUCCACACAGGGGAGAAGCCGCUGCAGUGCGAGUUCUGUGGAUUCACCUGCAGGCAGAAGGCCUCGCUCAACUGGCACAUGAAGAAACACAAUGCCGACUCUCACUACAUGUUCCCCUGUGAUAUCUGUGGCCAGAGGUUUGAGAAGAGAGAUAACCUCGCUGCCCAUAGGAGUCGUAAGCAUCCAGUUACCCAGGCGACGGUUGCCCCAGACACUGUCCUCUGCAUCGCCUCCUCUCCUGACCAUGUACAUGACACCGACCCGAGCUAUCAGGCUGAAUGCUCAGACAGACAGGAGAUGGUACAGACCUCUCCGCAGAGUGUAAAAGAGACUCUCUACACAGAGUACAUAGACCUGACAGAGAGCAUGCAGGGUACACCCAUACAGGCAGCUGAAGCUGCAGGGAACACAGAGAUAUCACUAGUGAUUGUGCUGUAAGUUACGUGCAGCAGACCUGGCAGCCUACCCCAUGUAACCCUCUGACAGCAUUUGGGCCCAGAUGUAAUCGGCUCUGAUUGGCUUGUCCAGGUGCGAUUCCGGCAAUAUAGCCACUAGAUUAAAGCUGCAAUCAGAUGUAAACCAGACUAAAGAGCUCUCCCAAUUCAUUGUGGAUGGAAAACAGAACCUUAUCUGAAUGCCGUAUAAAGACUUGUGUUGUGGGUCAGCUGUUUAUUGAAUUGCCAUUGGAUUGAUCAAAUAAAAUAAACAUGCUGUCA